CUUCAGCCCACCCUCCUCCACAGCAGCAUCAAGAGACUGGUGCAACAUCGGUACAGCAUACCAUCGCUCUCUCAGACCCUCACCGCAUAGCCACCGUAUUCUAUGGAGCAAACUGGACAGCUGACCCUCCCUGCUGCAGGUCCAACUUCUCAAACACCCAUUUCCUCAACCAUGGUUCCCCAUCCAAUACGCAACCAAUCCUCGAAUACCAACCAUAGUUCGCAGUCUAUCCAUAUAUACAGGUGGUUUUAUAUUAUGCCUCUGAUUUCACACCCCCUUUUGCAUUUAUACAAGGUUGCCCUUCAUGACUACUUCAGUGUCGAAGAAAGGAAUCCACAUGAAGCUAUACAGACCAAAAUGACCUCUUUCGUCGCCCACUAAUGGCGCAAUCUAGCAGCGCUCUUGUGAGCCUUCCGAGGCCUUGCCCGCUUACCACAACAAACAGGGAAACGAGCUCCGAGGAUGUUACAGCCAACUCCCAUUUUUCAGACUCCGACUCCGACUCUGGCUCCGAUGAUGAUAAUGAUGAUGAUGAUAACGACGGCGUUGACGAAGACUGCUUUUGCAUCAACGCAAUCAUCUCUGUGCCAGGCCCCUACGCAUUGUCAUGGGAUUGUUCUACAUCGCUUCUUUGGUCGAAGUCUCUGGUCCAGCAUGGCGAGUUCAAAGCCGCUGACGCCAUUCUGUUAGCUUUCAUCGUAGACGUAGCAAUGAAGCUGUAUAUUGUCGAUGGUAUCAACUACUCCGUCCUCAACAUCCUCGACACCUCUCACCUUGUCUGGACGGUCCUCAGCAUAAUCCACAGCUCAAUACACCAACGAGUAAGCCGUUACGGAUGGAGCAAAGGCGAUGUUAUACAAACCGUAGAAAGCUUUUACCUCGCCGCAGCCGUUGGUCUUCACCGAAUUCGCGAGCGCUUUGACAUUGCUUUUCUGCAAAAAAUCCAGGAUCCAAAUACCAAAUCGUUGUUUGCAAGAAAACUCGUUUUCAAUGAGACUUUUGCGCCCAAUACCGGAAAAAUUGCCAAAGUCUACCGCUGGGUCUAUGGGGAGCCGCCCGAGUUGAUCUUCUUCAACGAUAUGGAAGAUGCCAAGCUUCCUUCGCGCAGUCCGAUAAACAUACGGCAAUGGGUUUUUGAGUAUAAUUAAUGCUUUCGCAAGCUCUUGUCUCUCGUAGCUGGCUUGGGAGUUUAUGGACAAGGAGUUUAUGGGUAGGGAGUUCAGUUUUUCCAAAAGUCUACAACUACGCAACAGCCAUGGUGUCGUCCUCCGCCAUCAUUAACCAAAAUAGAAAUCGAACGAAUUAUAAUUAAAUCAUACAUCAAAACAGUUUUUGCGCAUUCCAUAGAAAACCAAAAUAGCGUAGUUACAGGAAUGGAC